ACUGUGACGCGUGGUGCUGGCCGACUUUAGAAGCGAGCAGUUAGCUCGACUAGCAGGCUACAUAUUGAGCAGAGGCUGAGGAAACUAGCGCUGCUAGCUCCACGGCGAACUCUCUCUGCUGACAAGUUUGCUGGAACGGACACGCAAAAGUUGUGUUUUGUGUGGUGUGUGCGGACUACAAUGUAUUUUUGAACAGUGCGUAUGGGUAGACACGACUGUUGAGUUGAAUGUGUGGCGCGAAUAUGUUGUUACAGUAGCAGGGGCUGAUAAAUGUUUGCAGCGAGCUACUAGCACAAGGCUAACUACAGUCAAACAGGCCUUAGACGUCUGUCAAGUGUGUACAGUCCAGCUGAAACUUCCGGUUAUUGCUGUCAAAGUAAAGCACUCAGGAAAGUACUUGUUGCGUUUUUUUAGUAAGUAGCGCUGCACCAAUACAUGACUUAGCGCUUAGUUGGGGGAUAGCCGAUUUAUUUUAGAUAUAUUGAGCAAUAAAGGUUUCUCUGAGAUGGGGUCAAAUUAAAUUAAAUGUCAUUCAGCUCGAAUGGUUAGUAUAUAAGGCAGCGCGUUGACACGUGCAUCAUCCACAUUAUCAUAUAGCGUAGAAUUUACUAAGCUAUAAUUAAAAAUAUAUUUUUUAUUGACGCUGCUUUCCCCAUUUGAAGUAGUGAACAAGCUUUAAUUUUGAAGGUCUGUUGGGCCUCGUCCCCUACGUUUCCUCGACUGUUGUGGUAAAUACUGCGGUCUAACGUUAGCAGCCUUGACCAGCUAACAGGCUAGCAGGAGACUGACUGGUGACCAGACUUAAUUAUUACUCUAUGUACGAUGAACACUGAGGACAAGCUGGAGGGCUUGCUGUUGAAGUGCAGCAGCGGAGGAAUGGACGGUGGCGGCAGAAUUCGUCUGGGCAGUGGAGGAGGACUGGUGGUGAUGACCCUGGGCGAGCGAUCGUUGGCGAAUCACCCGCUCCUGGCCGAGGAUGAUGACGGCGACGACGACGAAGACGACGACGAGGACUUGACUGGGAGUUCGCUGGUCACUCACGAUUUGGUCCCUCCAGAGCAGCUGAUGAUGCAGGAGGAGAUGACAAAGAAUGGUGCACGAGGAGACGAGGUGCAUUUCCCCUUAAAACUCACCAAUACGCUGCUUCAUAUGCCAUUGAGCAUUAAGCAGGAAUUAAAGCUGUCCGAUCCAGCAGUCCAAAUAAAAAAGGACAAAAAAGCAGUUAAGGACCUGAUGAUGUGUCCCAAGAAGAAAAAAAGGAAGCAGCGAUCUCCAGCAAAGAUACUCAGCGUUGAUGAUGAUGGAUCAUUGGGGAUACAAAACCCCAAGAGUCACGUCUGUGUUCACUGUAAUGCUGCGUUCAGGACCAAUUAUCAUCUUCAGAGGCACGUCUUCAUUCACACCGGCGAGAAGCCGUUUCAGUGCAGCCAGUGUGACAUGCGCUUCAUCCAGAAAUACCUUCUCCAGAGGCAUGAGAAGAUCCAUACUGGUGAAAAGCCUUUUCGCUGUGAUGAGUGUGGAAUGAGGUUUAUUCAAAAGUAUCACAUGGAGCGACACAAGAGGACUCACAGUGGAGAGAAGCCCUACCAAUGUGACUACUGUCACCAGUACUUCUCCAGAACCGAUCGCGUUUUGAAGCACAGACGAAUGUGUCACGAGAACAGAGAGAGGAAAACCAACAAGGCUGCUGGAAAAGCCGGACCUCUGCGUGAAGCCGAUUCGUUAGGACUCCCCUUUUCAGCCAAAGAGUGUUCACUUCCCAAGAAAAAGCGGCAGAAGGGUGCAGACAAGAUCUCGGGCGCCUUCGCCGCUGCCCACACAGAAGGCCACACCAUCACCGUGGUAGAAAUGGAGGAGAAGGAGGAGCAGAAGCGGAGUAAAAUCGAAGGUCUACCUCUCUACGCCGUGCCCUCCAAAGUCAAACACGAGUACGUGAUCGCUGACUACUCCGUGGAGCUUCCUGAGGAAACCACUGUCCAGCACCAGGAAGGCGACGUGUCAUCGGGGGAGACGACUCCCCCCAAGCUAGUUCUGAAGAAGGUCCCCAAGAGGAGUCUCAAACAGCUGAGCGAACAGGCGCCUCCCUGCCUGUCCACCCUGCCGUCCUUCGAGGACAGCGCUAAGGUCACACAGUACACGUUCGAGAUUGUGGACAAACAAGGCCUGUUAGACGUGGAGAGCAACUCUGAACUCGAGUCGGUUGAAACCCUUCAAGGAGGGCCGACGAAGCCAGCGGCCAGCAGCACCAACUACGACGACGCCAUGCAGUUUCUGAAGAAGAAACGCUACCUUCACGCCGCCAUCAACAACAACAACAGGGACUUCGGCCUGAACACAAGCAGCAUCUCGACUCAGCCGUCUGUUACGCAGACCGUGGUGUCGGCCGUCAUCGAGGAAACGGUGCCGGCCACCAUCCUGGAGCCGCAGCCCAUCGGCGCCGAGAUCAAGGCAGCUCACGACAAAAGCGUGCUGCCAGACGAGGUCCUCCAGACGCUGCUGGACCACUACUCCAACAAAGCCAACGGGCAGGCGGACAUUUCCUUCAGCGUGGCCGACACGGAGGUGACGUCCAGCAUUUCCAUCAACUCGUCCGACGUCUCGGACGGCAGCCCCGUGGAGAGCCUCGGGGCCUCCAGCGCCCAGGCCCAGCCGCCCGCCGAGAAGGUCAGCCUCCUGCAGGAGUACUCCAAGUUCCUUCAGCAGGCGCUGGAGAGGACCAGCCAGAACGACAGCUACCUGACGAGCCAGAGCCUCAGCCUGGUGUCCGAAAACCCCACGUUGGCCGGACAGCCUCUGUUCUCCACAGAAAAACAGUUCCCCUCCCCCAGCAGGUUCAAAUCAGGGAUGAGCUCUCCGCUAAGGUCCACUUUAGACAAACCUCACUAUGGCCUGCUGGUCGGGGACUCGCAGCACUCGUUCUCAUUUUCAGGCGACGAGACCACGCCCCCGUCCGCCGUGUCCCCAGCUGAGGACUUUCUGGAGCAGGUCUCGCCCUCCAAAAAGACGGACUCCACACAGGGAAUCCUGCAGACUUUUCAGAUAAGCUCCUUCGAUCAGAACUUCAAAUCUCACUUCCAGACGUCGAGAUCUGGAGCCUCCUCGCAGUUUACCGUUGCCAACGGACAAGUAAGUCUUCGAGGACACAGCACAGACUUCUCCGAGUUCCCCUUAGUCAGAGUUACAGAGUCUAGGUCUCAACUGAACUCCUCGCCCGAUGUUUCAUCCAGUGAAACCUUUGGCUGAGGGGAAGGGGGAGGAAUUAUUUCUGUUUAAUAAUUUCAGCUGCACUUUAUCUUAUGUCUCAUGUUUUGCCAAAAUCAGUCCCAUUUAAAGAAGAAAAAAAGUACAUUUUCUGAAAGCAUUUUUUUUACAAAACGUAUUCAUAAUUUGUUUUUUUUUUUUCAGCCUAAUAGAAAGAAUCUGAAGUGAUAAAUCAUGAUUAUCAUUAUUUCCUCCUUAAAUUAAAAAAAAUUGUAUGUUGUCGCUCCUGAAUGUACAUCAAGAGAUUAAGUGACCAAAGUGUAAAGCAAGAGACACUGAAAAUCAAACGGUCGUACCGCUGCCAUGGAGUUUAAAGUUAUGUGAAUGUUCCUGUCAAUCACUUUGCCUUGCACAAAGGAUGAUUAAGUCUCCUGCAAGUCUAACUCUUGCUCCUUUAUUGCAAUAUUUCCACCUAUCAAACUGUUGGCCUAUUUAUGUUUGCUUCUGCUUCUCUGACUCUAGCUACCUCCCCUUGUUCCCCAGUCAAAUUUGAGUUCACUCCUAGAACAUAACUCCUGUGAAGUUCCCUACUGAACUGAAACCACGAGUAGAUCAUUUCUAAUUCUUCACUUUAUUUCUCAGCUGACGUGGGAGUUCGUACAGGAUGUGUGUAGAUUUACCUGAUUAUGUACUUUUUCGUCUGGACUCCAUGCACUGAUUUUUUUUUUGUUCUUCAUUUCAAAUGUGACUUUCUUGCCGGAAACAAUGUAAAUCCCCCUCUCCCCAGAAAACAUGGGUAUCAACUAGCUGCACGCGAUGACUGCAGGAUAAUUCAGCUUUUUUUGUCGUAGAUCCCCGAACACGAUUGUGCUUAACGUUUGCACCAGUUGCACAUGCACCACUACAGUAAUUGUAGUAACUCCACAGUGGAGGAAUCUGCUUAAAGCCUCCACUUAAAACAACUGUUCUGUUUGAUGAGAUUUUUAACACUGGCCACUUAGUGGACCCGCGCUCACAUUUGGGUUAUAUGAAAUUAGAGACAACGCUCUUCACUUUAGUCGCUCGCUCCUUUUGAUAGUACUUGUUGUUCUUGGAGAACACAGAACUUUUGAGGGAACAACGAUGUGACGACAAGUCAUUUUAUUGACUGAACUCCACGGUUUUGUGGAGGCUGGAUUGUGACCAGCACCUGUGGAAAUGCUCAGUUUUCCAGUUAGCUAGUUUUACAUCUGUGCCUUUUUUUUUCAAUUCCAGCCGUCAUUAAACCAUUUCCCUGUCAUAAUUUCUCUUUUUAGACAGUCGACGCUCUAAGGCUACUAAUUCAACUUGCACAAUAAGAACAAACACAUAAGCUAUCAACCUAUUCAAACUGUAAUAUGUUGACAUGUGGGAGCUUCAUUUAAUUUUGCUCUUAGUUUUUUUUUAUUAUUUCACAACUUCAAGAAACAGCAGGAGGGACAGAGCAUUUUCAUGCAGUUUCUACAUAUACUGAUGUGUAAUUUUAAUACUUGAUUAUGACCCGUUUGCCAUCAUUGAGUAGUUUGCUGCAUCUGUCCGGGCCUUGUUGAAACCAUGUUGUUGAUGGUUGAGUCAGGCCUCCUCUGUUUCUUGAACACUGUUCUUUUCCACGGGAACACGUGUGCGCGUCCACUUACUGUGUUAAACACUCGCUCGUGUCGGCGCCAUCGCAUCCCAGCUCCCUCUUGUUAGACAAUCAGGGACAGACAGCACUUGUCGUAAUCAUGAAAUUUAUUUUUCACCAUUGAACAUUCCCUCUAGAAUGUAUAGACAAUAUCCUGCUGUAAAUAUACUGUAUAUUGUUAUGUUCUGAGAAGUACUGCUAGGUUGUUGUGGUAAAGACGAGGCUUGUGCAAGGACAGCGAAUGAUUAGUUUCCCAGCAUUUAUUAGACUCUACAACAAAUGGUUUUCACUUGCCAUCAAAAUGUGAGGUUUGUAUAUAAAUCACUGACAAUUUUUUACAAGUUUAAUACCGAUUGGUUCAAAAGCAUUUUUUUUUUUUGUACGUUAGUGCAGUUUGUGUUUUGAUUCGUUUUACUGUUACAACCACAGAUAAUGAAAAACCUCCAGAAAACACCAGUUUUUGAUUCAAGACAAUACUCAAUGCAAUGUUUUGUAUCAACUAUUUACAUCUGUAAACAGCUUACAUUUUGCAAGUUUGACUACAGUUGUGGGUGAAAUAUAAAUAUGUAGUUUCAUUGUACACAAUUUUUGAAAGCACAGUUAUCGGACUUUUCCUGCUUUGCGGCAUUUUAUCCCUCGAAUUGUCCGCGUAGAAUUUCGAAUUCACUUGAGCAAUUUCAAAUGCACAACUGUUGGUGGCGAUUCAUUCAUCAUUUGAACAGUAUAUGUUCUUUUGUUUUUAAUUCUGCUGUCUUCAGUAACCUUGCCAUAAGUGUCCUUGUGUAAGCUAGAAAAAAAAUGUGUAAAAAAAAAAAACAAAACAAACAACUGAAUUAUGAAUUUUUUGAUAAUACUAUUUUUGAAACAUCAUUUAAGGCACUGAUAUGUACAGUAUAUCAUAUGCAGUUGCUAUGGCUACCUUCAUUUAUCUCUGUAUAAGUUGUUUAUGUCAGAAUCUUUAAAUACAGUUAGAAAUCUUGAUCCUUCUUGAGUGUGAACCUUUUCAUACUUUUAAUGGACACGUGGAGGAAGUCUUACCACUUGGCUGUAAGGCUGAUCUUAAGAUAGAUGGUAAAGGUGUAUUUGCAUGGUCUCUUUUAACUUGUUGGGUCGAGUGAACUUGUUUAAUGAAUAAUGUGCAGCUUUAAUUGUAGCUGAAUAAUUUCAGUCCAGUAACCCAUAUAAUUAGAUUUUUGCAAUAUAUUAUGAUUUGUAAACAAUCGGAUUCAAUUGUUGUUUUGAUUGUUGUGUGUCACGUCCUUAUAAAAUAAAAUAAUUCAUGGUAUAUGAACGUGA